GCGUGCCCCGCGGCGGCCCCGCGCGGCGCCCGCAGCGGCGGCGCUGGCUGUCAGCAGCGCCCGGAGCGGCCAUGGGGCAGCGCGGCCGCCGGGGCCGCUGAGAGCCCGCCGCGCCCGGCCCGGCCCGGCGCCGCCGCCGCCGCCAUGGAGCUGGAGCCGCCCGCCGAGCUCGCCGAGCCGCGCGCCGCCGCCAAGGGGCCGCCGCGCAACGGAUUCUGUCGAGAUCCUUCAACAGAACGUGAUUCAUCUGCUACUACAGAUGUGGAGCAGAUGAGUUCCUCUUCUCCUGUCCUUCCUAUGAACUCCAUGGGCAAUGAGCGGGUUGAUCAGCGAACCUGCCUUAUCUGCGGAGACAGAGCUACGGGUCUGCACUACGGGAUCAUCUCCUGCGAGGGCUGCAAGGGGUUCUUCAAAAGGAGCAUUUGCAACAAGCGGGUUUACAGAUGCAGCCGGGACAAGAACUGCGUCAUGUCGCGCAAACAGCGGAACAGAUGCCAGUACUGCCGGCUGCUCAAGUGCCUCCAGAUGGGCAUGAACCGCAAAGCAAUCAGGGAGGAUGGCAUGCCGGGAGGCAGAAACAAAAGCAUUGGACCUGUCCAGAUAUCGGAGGAGGAGAUUGAAAGAAUCAUGUCUGGACAAGAAUUUGAGGGAGAAGCAAACAUGUCAUGGAGCAACAACGGAGACAGUGACCAUAGUUCCCCUGGAAAUGGAGUUUCUGAGAGCAACCAGCCUUCACCUGUGUCUACUCCAUCUUCAAGUAGGUCCGUGGAGCUGAAUGGAUUCGCCGCACUCAGGGAUCAGUAUAUCGGGACGCCGGUGUCCACGCACUAUCAGUACCUCCCGCACCUUUUUAGCUAUUCCGCUCACUCGGCUGUGAUGCCCCCGCAAACGCGCAGUCUGGACCCCCAGUCGCACAGUCUGAUCAAUCAGCUGGUGUCAGCUGAGGACUUGGAGCCGCUCGGCACUCCAAUGCUUAUUGAAGACGGGUAUAAAGUGACUCAGGCAGAGCUGUUUGCAUUGUUGUGUCGGCUGGCGGAUGAGUUGCUUUUCAGGCAGAUUGCUUGGAUCAAGAAGCUGCCGUUCUUCUGCGAGCUCUCGAUCAAGGACUAUACUUGCCUGCUGAGCUCCACGUGGCAGGAGCUGAUUCUGCUCUCCUCGCUGACGGUUUACAGCAAGCAGAUCUUUGGCGACCUUGCCGAUGUAACCUCCAAGUACUCCCCCUCCGACGACGAGCUGCACAGAUUCAGUGAAGAGGGGAUGGAGGUGAUGGAACGGUUGAUCUACCUCUUUCGCAAGUUUAACCAGUUGAAGGUCAGCAAUGAGGAGUACGCGUGUAUGAAAGCCAUUAACUUCCUAAAUCAAGACAUCAGGGGUCUGACUAAUGCGUCCCAACUGGAGCAGUUGAAUAAGCGGUAUUGGUACGUGUGCCAGGAUUUCACGGAGUACAAAUACCCACAUCAGCCAAACCGUUUUCCGGAUUUAAUGAUGUGUUUGCCAGAGAUACGAUACAUUGCAGGAAAAAUGGUGAAUGUCCCCUUGGAGCAGCUGCCUCUUCUUUUUAAGGCCGUUCUACAUUCCUGCAAGACGAGCGUGAGCAAAGAGUGAGCCCCAAACGCCCCUGCCCCGUGCCUUACUCCGGUGCCUCAGGCGGGGAACCGGCUCACGCGGAGAGAAAGGGGGAAAACAUGAUGAAGGCAGUGGGGAAUUGCUGAGACAGGGCAAUGGGUGCCCUUGCUGUUGUAGCAAGAAUCUUUUUUGUUUGUUUUUGUUUUUUUACUCUUUUUCCUAUAUAUUUAUUUCACGACAGAGUUGAAUGUAUGAUCUUCAACACAAUGCACAUGGUUCUGUAGGAAUGCAGCAGAUGCAUUCUCUAGCAGUUUACAGAAUGUGAAGAUGUUUAAUGUUACAGUGUUUGUUAGGGUUAGUUCUUUUGUAUUUUGGGGGCUGGGGACCGAGAUGACUAAGACUACCUCAAGGAGAAGAUGCUGUUUGCGCACUGCUCUUUCCAUGAUUUGUAUCCAAAAGCAUUUGUCGUAGAGAGCAAACUGCCUCACUUCAUUGACAGAGCUGUUAGCAUCCCAAAUGGACAAUUUUGGAGAAGUGGGUGUUAGAGAAGUGCCAAGCUUUUUUGCUUUUAAAAAAAAAAAAAAAAAAAAAAAAAGCAGGGAAUGGAGAAGAAGGAAAAGUCUGUCUAGCCAAUUUGUUUCUUUUCCUCUGUCAGUUUUCAGAUGCAGAUGGUAACAUGUGUGGUUUCCUUGAAUUCUGAUGUAGGAGAAUUGUAGCAUUGCAAAGCCGAAGGGCUCCCAAGCCCCGUUCCCGUCCUGGGGGACGCAGGAGUGUCUCCUGCCCCCAGGCCCAGCCUCAGCGGCUGGUCUGCAGUUAUCGCUGCAGAGCCUUUCUGUUAAUGGGACAUGCGUUGCUGCAGUUCAGAGGAGGCUCCCGACAGCCCGGCAACAGGGUUCCCUUGUUGGUAGAAACAAAGUGGACUGUAAAUAAUAUCUAAUCACUUCCUUAGCAUCCAUUUUAGGUUCACAAAAGCAGAAAAAACCUACGCAGAGAAGAGGCAGGAUUGUCCCUUUCAGUGUAUUUCCCCCAAGAUGAUACCUGACUGCCGAGGAGAAUUCUGCAUUGCAGCAAUGACAAGCAGCCUGUUUCUGGGAACAGUUAAUUUACCCUGUGUUAAAUGUAACGUAUGUAACUGUGAUAAGGGACUGCAGGAUCCUCCAUCGUGCCUUUCUCUGCUGGACUCAGGGAAUGCAUGAUUCAUAGUCAUAUCCCACCAGGAUGUGUUACUGCCUAGUGGAAUCCCUUUCUACCAGGAAAAACUGGUAUUAAUACAAUGCUUGUUAAGCUGUUUUAUCCUAGGUGUUACAAGGCUUGGAUUUUCCACCUAGCAACUCCACACCAUCAGACUGCAUGGAGAAAUGGUUUAAUGACUACUGGUUAGCUGUCGGAGUAAUUGCUCAGCAGCGGUGUUUAUCUAAAUUUGGGUGUUCUCGUGAGCUCCUGCUGCUGGUGGUGGUGAUGGUGUUAGAUGAGAUACUGUUUCUCUUAUCUCCUUCAUUAAGAAUUAAUUUCUGAAGACUUGGUCAUUCUCCUAGGCAGCUGUGUUGCCCUGGCUGAAUUUUCUUCCCUGCGUCCUUAGUAGUGAAUCUGAUUUUUAUGUAGUGAGUUAGGGCUAAUCAAGAAAUUUUUGAAUGCUGUUUCUGAACUACUUUGGGAAGCAAGUUCUGUUCCUCCAGGGCAGGAGGAACCAGUCGCUACCUUUUGUCCCGAUAACAGCUGUGUGUGGCACAGAGUAGGUAUUCCUCAGACGUGCUGAAGCUGCUACUAGAUCAGAGUGAAUGUGGUGGUGAACAGGAGAAAAAUGUCAUUCACCCGAGUCUUUUUUCCUUCUCCCAUGUUACCUACACAUCGGAGCAUACUCGUUCGGUAGCAGCCCAGGAGACGUUUGCAUCCCACUAGCUUGGCACAUCUCUAGGUUAGUCAACAGUUAUUCUGCGUACCAAGUGCUGCCUGCUCCGCUCUGCAGGAGAUCGUGACGGCUCCUUUUGGACUUACCCUUAAGGACACGCUGUUGACUAACUAUAUAGACCCGAGGCAGCAUUGCGUUGUUUGUAAUUCUGCUUGGGAAUCUUCCAGCGUGAUGGUUUCCCUUUUCUAAAAGUCCACUAGCUGCUCAUUUUUCAUUAUUUAAAUAUGAUGUUACGGGUAACAGCUGCUGGGACCAGCAGCAGUUCAGUUUGAUAUAGCUUCACAAAUCCAAAGUUAGUUCCGUAAAUCUCAUUUACUUUCUGAUUGUAAAAUGAGACAAGCACAUAUUUCUCAGGAAAGCCUUCUGCCUACAGUGUAUACCUCAAGCGUAAAUGGGAAGAUUUUAGUAUAUCUGUUUGUAAGUUAGAAAGUAUUUCUCAGCUUUUAACUUUAAUUUUCAAAUAGCCUCAUAUGAUCUUUUUAUUACGGGUUAUCUUCUGGCUUGCUGUUUUAUACACUCAAGGAAAUGUUAACUUGCAUAGGAGUAAUACUAUUCUACAAUUACUGAAUUAUUAUAAUCUGUUGAUGAGUAAGAGUUUGUUUUAAUUAGUGUACAUAAAAGUGGUCAUCUUAUUGCCAAAUACCCAACAAAAAUCACCUACAAGGUACCCUGUGUUUAGCCAAAAUAGACUCCCAAGAGUAAUGCUGUACCAACAACAAAAAAUACCUACACUUAUUUGUGAUGGUGAAUGGACAGGAAUGUUCUGCUUUCUAUUAUAUAACCCCAAUUUUGUAAAGGUUGAUUGGCAGCAGUAUCCAUUUACAAAUAACUGAUUUAUUGUAGGGAGUAGAAGAGCUUUGCUAAACUUACAGGUAAAAAAGCAUGUGUGUGUAUAUACGUAUACAUACACGCCAGACCAGAAUCUAACUCAUUGGACAGUCAUUAUUAAUAUCUUCUGCACCAAGUCCUCUAAUGACUUGUAUUUUUUAAACAGGGUAAAGUGAAUGUGUUGCAUUGCAAACUCAGGUAUAAUGAGAAGGUAGGAAUGUAGAUAGAAAUGUAGAGACAUUAGGUCAGUCACUAGAUGUAUUUGUGAAUUUGGUUUGAAGGACACCCUGGAAAGGUUGGAAUUUUUGUUCCAUUCUUCACGUAACAUUCAGUUUACAGGGACUCAUAUUUUAUUUGUGCUUAAUGCUAGUAGGGGGAAGUUCAUUAUCUUUGGUAUCUAUCUGCUGUUGCUUAUCUGACCUUCUGUCAUAGAGGAAUCAAUCAACAAUAAUAGUCUUUGGUAGAAUUUUCUUCCAUGACAAGUCAAUUUUUAUCCCCGAUUUGAAAGAUAAAUUGGCUGACUGACCCCCUCCUCUCCUUCAUAGUAGUUGUGCAAAUAGAAAGCUGAAGAGUUACUUUUAAUCUGGACAGAGAUUUGGGACAUAAAUUUGAAAUGCUCUGGCUCACAUAUUCCGAGGAACUCUGCCUAGGAAGCUUACCUGCGAUUUCGCAGCCUGAAGCGCAUCAUCCGGCGUAGGGAAUACAGCAGAAAUUGCUGCCGCCAGCUAACAGCGAUGGGUCCUAGCUCGAGUGGCGGGACCCAGGCGUCUUGAGCGAAAGCUCUUUGAAAUCAGCCGCUCGCCUUUGGGUCGGGCUUCCAGCGCACGAGCGGAGGCUGGACUCCAUCACGUGUGUCAGCAGCAAGUUCUCUUUCAGUUUCCCAGCCCCUAGAGAGGGUGGUGAGAGGGCUGGGUGCUGCCAGGAUGCUCAGAGAUGCCAGUUGUCUCUCAACUGAUGGGUGCGGGACUUGGCAAAAUCAAUGCAGCAGGAGCUCACUUUGCAGCCAAAUGCCAUGCACCUUGGUGACAGGCUGCUUUGUCCCCUCUGGCCUCAAUUUUAUCUGUCUUUCUUUUCAUUUGGAAUAGCAUGGUGCUCUCAGGUCCCUGCUGGACCUACUCGGCUGGUAGGGGUAUCAUAUUUGGUUAUGUAUGUUGAAAAAGAUGUGUAAUCUUUAUUGCCGCUUUCCAAAGGCAACAAAGCUGGUUGCUGCCGUCCUUCUCUUCGGCCUGUUAGCUCAGGGUGCUGCUCAGAGCCCUUGCAGGCUUCGGGUGAGCAGAGCGGAGCUUUGGAUUUUUCUGUAUAUCUUCAAUUCUGAGCUUUUCCAGCCUACAGUCACCUCACUGUAAAGACUAAAGGAGAAAGGGAAACCAUAGGUUUUCCAAAUGAUCAGUGCAAGCAUGUUGGUCAGAUUGCCAAGUGGGGAAGAAAAACAUGAAAAACCCUGUUCUGUUACAUGAAAGCAAGUUGCCAGUGGCAGGGUCACAGGAUUUUCUGGAGCGUAGAGAGUUUUUCUGGCUCCCUAGAGAGAGCAGGUUUUCUCUGAGUCUGCUUAGCCACUGCUCCAAUAAGACCAAUUCCCCAGGAACAGCUUUUUUCUCGGCCUCUCGUAUUGCUUUGAAAGAGCCUAGAAGAGCAAACAGGGUUGCGAAAGCGAGCAGGGAUUUUCAGGAAUUCUGGCGUUUCGGAAGGGCUCCUCGCCAGGAGUGCGGGAAAGCCUGGGCGCUGGGGACUCCCGCGGUGCUCCCAGCUGAUUUCCUCCCGAAUGUGUGCCUCAGCGCCCUGUGGGCCUGGCUCAGAGGAAGAUCCAAGACCGCGUUUCACAAAAAGCAGGCUUUAGUUACCCACUUAAAGGAUGGCGAUUGCUCUGGGUCCUGUUUGCUGCCUGCCCUCUGUGCUGCCCUCGCUCCGCUAAGCGCGGCAGAGCCUCCGCCUUGGCGCGGACAAGGGGCUCUUCAGGCUUUUGCACAGAACAACCACGCAGCCAACUCAGAUUAAUGAUUUUAAGUCUUGUCCUUCAAACCAACCUUUUUUAAAAAAACUUGAAUUUCUUUUAUUACUUUUUUAAAACAAAAGAGAAUUCUCCUGUGAAUGUGCUAUUUACCAUUCAUUCUUUCUUCUUUCUUGGUUUUGAUUUGAAGCUAUGAAGCUUGGUGUCUGUGAAAAUGUUGUUAUUUCUGUAUUUCUCAGGAUAAUAAGCGGCAAUCAUCCCUGCCACAUAAAAGGCAGGAGAAAGGGGGAAACUUGGGGAACUAGUUUAAGUAUGAAGCUAAUUUUUAAGUUUUAGAUGAUGUGUGAAUCAAGGAUGAUACAUAAGACGUCAGUGUCAAGCCGUGGUGUUUCUCUGGGUUCUCAGUGUGUUGUAUGCAAUACACAGAAGCUCAGGGAUAAGUAUUUAAAAUGACCCAGAGAAACCCUGGUUUUGAUGUUGCAGCAGUUGCUUCUUUCAUGACCUGUUUGGAGAACUGUUUAAAAACGGAGUAAAACCCCAUAUAGGGAUUUUGGGGAAAAAACUUCUGGUUUUGCUUGUGGGAAGUUCUUACCUUUAAAGAUUAGAUGGCUAUAUGAAUUGGUAACAUCCUUAAAAUGCACAUUGCCCGUUUUAGGUUGCCAGCCCGUAGGAGGGGGAGUCCUGGGCUUGCUUUGUGCUGGUUUUCUGAGCUGCGAGCCGGGCGUUGAGUCUGCCAGUGCGGCUUGCCAGAGAGCCCGAGUGAGCCUGAGGUGGCCGCAAAUUGCUGCGGUCGCUGGAGCAGGACCGAGGUAGGCGGGAGGUCCAGCUGGGGCGGUGAAGGUGUCCCGCUAGCUGUGCCGCUGCUCCGCUUGGGCUGCAGCCCCUCUCUGCCUCGCCCUGCAGUGCCCCGUGCUACUUCUCGUGGGUACUGCCGAAGUGUGAAAUAGCAUCGUUUCAGAAAACUUUGCAUUUCUGCUGAAGGCACGAUGGCUCCUAGGACUGGGACAGAUUGAUCUGUAUUUCCAUGCUCAAAGCAGUUUGCAAAUACCUCAUCUCUUUGCCUUGGAUGUUAAAUAUAAUACAUCUAGUGCUUAUGGAAAGGAGAAAAAUUGGUAUUUCUCACCGUGGCAGACUCCCUGACAGCACAGUCACAAUAUUGCUGUAGUCAAUCUGUUACGUACGAGUGAGAGAUUUGAAUUUCCAGUCAGUACAACCUUCUCAUCGUAGUCUGGUAGGAUUGUAGGUUCAUUCAAACUGUUUGAGAAAUGCACUGGCAUGUAAAAGUAGUCUGCUUACAACCAAGAGUAUCGGGAACGCCGCGUGCGGACCGUGAGCCGCCGAGCACCGUGUCCGGCGUGGGGCGAGCACGGCGCCGAGCGAGAGCCAGCCGGCGUUCGUAGGGCUAAACACGCUUUCUGAGCAGUCUCACGGGCCACGAUGUGCAAAUGUGAGUUUAAACUAGUCCCGUGCAAAGGGCUACCGAGCCCAAUACAGGCAAUAUUUUUUCCCUUUUAAAAAAAGAGAGAGAGGGACUGUGCAGUUGACCUCUAACAAGUCUAUGAAAGAAGCAACAUGGUUCAGUGGAAGAAAUGCCCCCAAGGGCAAAAAGAAACAAAAAUUGAAACCAGAUGACGAUCAACCUUAACAAAGCCUUUUGUGAUUCAUUGUUUUCUUUCAAUUUAUAAAAUGUCUUGUAAUAGUUGAUAACAUUAUUGACUCAAUUUCCAUAACAAAACUACCUCGUGUGACAUCCUGUUUAUCAUCUCAAGGGGAUUGUGUGAAAAACAGAAUACUGCUGGUGUUUGGUGCCGGUGCAGAACCCGGUGCGCGUGUGAAGGUCUUGCGUGUUGCUUCUCUGCCCGUGAGCUGUGGCCGGGUUGCUGCAGGAGCGUUUGGGCUCCGUGUCCAGCCUGGGCCGCCAGCUGCCAGGCGAGAGGCUCCCGGGCUGUGCGGGAGCUCCGGCAGCAGCGUCCCGCCAGCCUGUGGCACCCGCUGGCUGCCGCGGCCGCACGCCGCCGCUGGGGCGAUGGCCGGGACCGCGUGCGCCCGCGCGGCGGGGAGCCGGGAUGGGGGUGCUGCGGGAGCUGCCGGGCCUCUCCGCCGUGGCGGUGCUUGGAGAGGCUUGGCAGGACCGAGCUCAAGCGCUGCCCUCCGGGCGCGGACCGCGUGGCGCAGGUGCAGCUUUCUGGCUCGUUUUUCACUGCUGUCCCUCAGACGCAGCCAGGGUCGCAGCUCGGCGCUUCGGCAGCUGCGGUACAGACGCCGCGUUGGCGGCCCAGGACGUCGGCAGUGCUCGUGCGUGCGCCCUAGGUCGAGCCGUGCUUUGCAGCCCAAGGGGAGCUCUGCUCCAGCGUUGCUGGUUUGUGGGACAUCUCCAAAACCGGCUUGGGCCCGGUCGUGGGUCCUGCAGCAGGUGUUCCAGGUGAUGUUUUCUCUCUGUAAAACACUUCAUUUUUCCCAUGAUCCCUUGCAUAAAUCAGGGAAGCAGGAUGUUGCCUCAGCAUAACAAACAGUGAACGUGUAGCUGUUACGUUUACCGCGCUGGAGCGGGAGCCCGGACGGGUUAGCGCGGCCGGCGGCUGCUGCUCCUCUGCCGCCGGGCCCGGCUGCAGCUCGCGGCGGAGGCGGCCGGUCGCGCCGGGCGUCUCGGGAGCUGCCGCGGCCACGUGGACGUUCCCGCGCGCGCGGCGGAGCCCGGCCCUGCCCGUGGCCACGGGAGCAGCUCGCGCCCGGCCUGCCUCUGCUCGCUGCUCCGCUCCGCGACUUGACUACCUGUGGAAAUGUGACCAAUAAGUGUUGAACGCAUGUUUAGCGAGUGUUAGCUUUAUGAACUAAUAAAUGUGAAUUGUUCUGCA